AUGGAAGCAGUCACAGAGAAUCCGCCAAGGCUGGUGUUGAUGACUGCGGAAAGAUCCAAAAAUUUCGCAUGUACGUCCGAGUUAGUUUAUUGGACGAUUUCCAUUUUCGUCAGACAUCAAAUUAGCAGAGCCCUGGGCCACAGAAAGCGAGCCGACAACACGAAGAGGCCCCAUGCAGGGAAAGCAAUCAUUACUGUCAUGUUUCCGUACAUCAUAGUACCCAGGAACGACUCGUUCGCACACACAUGUCGCGCAGCUACAGUGCCAUCAGGAAGCCGCACCCAAGGGGCCAGUUUGCGCUCCGUGGCGGGAAACGCCCACCAAGAGUCGCUCCGUGGAGAACUACUUUGCAAACGUUUCCGCCCAGACAAAGAUAUGUUGCGAUGGGAAUCUCUAUAUUCUACGAAGAUUUGCAGUCACACUCCGGGACAGUUGAACUGGUCGCAAACGCCGGUGUAUCUUGGCAUUUGCCGAGGUUUCGCCUCGGAUAACGUAUCCGGUAGCAGUUUCGCUACAAGAGGCCAUCACAUGGGAUCCAUUUACGAGAUGUGUGCCGCACUUGGGCAGGGGCGCUCUUGGGUACGGUCGAAUCCCGUCUUCGGGCGCAUGAUAGCUGCGUUGCGUGGCGUUCACCAGAGUAAUGACUCCGCGAAGAGCUCUGUCCGUCUGGGAUAUUGGCCGGAAACGGCGCGUCAGUUUCGAACGCGCCGUGUAUUCUUCGUCAACGCAUGCGAGCACAGACUUCAAUGCCGAGGCACUGGAGCAGAAGUCAGCUUCGCAUCGGUGCUCUGGAAAUGCCCGUAA